AUGACGGUCGCACGCCCCAACCUGCGUCCUUCCUUUGGCGGCAAUGGACAUCCCACGUCGGCAUCGGAGAACUUCCGACCCGCCAUGCCUGCGCCGCAUCUGUUGCCGAAGCGAUUGUUUAUCGGUGCCAUCAUCAGCUCGAGGUCAGCAACCGAUCUCAGCAUCAUCGAACGAGGCAUCCUCGGUGUGGGCUCGGGCGGUGUCAUUCGCUUCCUCGAAGACCUCGAUGUGCUUGAGCGUCAAGUCCCAAAUGCUAUCCCCUCAGCAGGGUCAUCCUCCUCUACUUCCACCAGCACUCCUGGCACCGAGGGCGCCGCCGACGAUCGCUCCUCCACCCCCGUGCCCAUCCCGGGCUCGACGCUGCCCGAUGCUCCCGAACUUACAUCCCUCGAGAUGCCGCCCCCGGCCGUGCCCACGCGUCACCCCACCACAAACGCUCCCGGUCAUCUCGAUCAGGCAUCCCAACGAGAGCAGCAGCUCAUCAAGCACGUUCUCAACAAGCACGGCUGGCGACACGGCCAGUACAAGCUCACACGCCUCCCUCCCGGCAGCUUCCUCUGCUCCGGCUUCAUCGACACCCACACCCACGCCUGCCAGGUGCCUAACAUCGGCCUCGGUCAGCAAUACGAGCUGCUCGACUGGCUCCAGCACGUCACCUUCCCUCGCGAGAGGCGAUUCGAAGAUGCAAGAUACGCUCGCAAGACGUACGAAUCCGUCGUGCAGCGUCUUAUCGACUCGGGCACUACCACCGCGUGCUACUAUGCCACCUUGCAUCUCGAAGCGUCCAAGAUUCUCGCUGAGAUCUGCAACGAGCGCGGUCAGCGUGCCUUCGUCGGCAAGUGCCAGAUGGACCGCAAUUCUCCCAUCGACUACAUUGAGAAGAACGCAUCCCAGUCCAUCGAGGACACCAAGGAGUUUGUGCGUUUCACUAGGAGCCUCAGGCCGUACGGACAACCUCCCGAUGUCUCUUCUCCCUCCAUGAGCCCCGCUGACCUGAACAGCACUUCGCCCGAGAUGGAUGCCAGCAUCGCUCGACUCAGCGCCACCAUGGACGAGCUCAUGUCGCCCACGACAAGCAAGCCGCCGUCCGAGGCUGGUGGCAGUCCCUCUUCCACCAAGGUGGCUCCAGCCGUCAAGUCUCUCUCCACGACCUCCAGAACCAGCUUCCCCGUCGUGAGGCAAGCCAGCAGCGGCAGCGUACGCUCUGCGCGCGAAAGUGGCGCCUCGACGCCGUCCAGACAACGCGAGCGCGAACUCAACAAUGCGCUUGUCCAGCCCAUCUUGACGCCUCGCUUCGCCAUCUCGUGUACUGAUGCCAUGCUCACCGGCAUCUCGGCGCUGCUCUCGCGCGACCCCACCCUGCGCGUUCAAACGCAUCUCAGCGAGAACGAGGGCGAAAUCACUUUCACCAAGCAGCUCUUCCCCUUCGCCAAGAACUACACUUCGGUCUACGACCAUUAUUCACUGUUGGGUCCUCGCACCAUCUUGGCGCACGCAGUGCAUCUCGAUGCCGAUGAGCUUGCCAUCAUCAAGAAGCGCAAGUGUGGUGUUUCUCACUGCCCUACCAGCAACCUGAACCUGCGUUCGGGAGCGUCUCGUGUCGGAGAGAUGCUCAACAUGGGCAUCAAGGUCGGUUUGGGUACCGAUGUCUCAGGAGGAUUUGGGCUCGGCAUGCUCUCCGCCAUCAGGGAAGCCAGUGUCGUCGCCAAGGUGCUGGCGUUCCAACGUGCUCAGGCCGAGUCCAAGGCCCAAGAGGAAGAGAAAGCGCUUACGGCUACAGCACCGCCGACGAGCCAGCAGGCCGCCGUCACGGCACAGCAACCGCUUGCCGGCGCUGCAGUGGUUGAUGGACGAUACCCAGGCCCCCCCGUCGCCGGCCAAUACCAGCCGAGGAAGCCACACUCGAUCGCCACGUCCAACCUCGACACCGCCGAGGUCUCGCAGUCCGUCCAGGACCCCGCGUCGUCGCUCACCUCGCUUAAGGCUACCGUCGACUUCACUAAGGGCCCGCUCAGCAUCGCCACGCUCUUCUACCUGGCUACACUGGGUGGUGCCGAGGUUUGCGCCAUGGCAAGCAGAAUUGGUUCGCUCGAGGUAGGCAAGGAGUUUGAUGCGCUGCUGGUGCAGACUACGAGUCACUGGGGGCCUUCCGGUUACACGGGUAACCCGGGCUGCUUUGUCGAGGAGGACGAUACGCUGCCGGAUGUAUUUGAGAAGUGGAUGUUCACCGGUGACGAUAGGAACAUCGGAACCGUGUUUGUCAGGGGGCGUGUGGUUGGUGGUGCCAAGCCGUUGCGCGAUUAG